UGAAUGCCACAAUUCAUCCGACCGAAUAAAAGUGCGUGUGUGGGAUGAAGACAAUGAUUUGAAAUCGAAGCUCCGGCAAAAGCUGACGAGAGAAUCGGAUGACUUUUUGGGACAAACAAUCAUCGAGGUCCGUACCCUGUCAGGCGAGAUGGACGUCUGGUAUAACUUGGAGAAACGAACUGACAAAUCGGCUGUGUCUGGUGCCAUUCGCCUGCACAUAUCUGUUGAAAUUAAAGGCGAAGAAAAAGUAGCUCCUUACCACGUCCAAUACACUUGUCUGCACGAAAAUUUGUUUCAUUCCCUCUGCGAAACGAAUGGCGGAAUCGUUAGUUUACCAACCGCCAAGGGAGACGAAGCAUGGAAGGUUUAUUUCGACGAAGCUCCUGAAGAAAUCGUGGACGAAUUUGCUAUGCGAUAUGGAAUUGAAUCUAUUUACCAGGCUAUGACGCAUUUCCAUUGUUUAUCGACGAAGUAUCUGUGUCCUGGUGUGCCGGCUGUGAUGUCAACUCUUCUAGCAAAUAUUAACGCAUAUUACGCACAUACGACGGCUAGUUCCGCGGUAUCGGCUAGCGAUAGAUUUGCCGCCUCGAAUUUUGGCAAAGAGAAGUUCGUCAAACUCCUCGACCAACUCCACAACUCCUUACGAAUCGAUCUUUCAAUGUACAGAAACAAUUUCCCCGCAUCUAGCAACGAAAAACUCAUGGAUCUCAAAUCCACUGUAGAUCUCCUCACCAGUAUUACCUUCUUCCGAAUGAAAGUUCAAGAAUUAUCGAGUCCUCCAAGGGCUAGCACCGUUGUUAAAGAUUGUGUUAAAGCUUGCCUUAGGUCUACAUAUCAGUUCCUUUUCGAGAAUUGUUAUGAAUUGUAUAAUAGAGAAUUCCAAGUCGAUCCUAAUGAAGCGAAACGAGAUGCCGAGGAUGCUAGGAUGGAUCCUAGGUUGGAUAGUGUAGAUUUUUGGCAUAAAUUGAUUGCUCUUAUUGUGAGUGUUAUUGAAGAGGAUAAAAAUAGUUAUGCGCCGGUUUUGAACCAAUUUCCACAGGAACUGAAUAUUGGCCAGUUAUCGGCCGCCACCAUGUGGGGACUUUUUGCUGUGGAUAUGAAAUAUGCAUUAGAAGAACACGAGCAACAUAGGUUAUGCAAAUCUUCGGCAUACAUGAAUUUACAUUUCAAGGUGAAAUGGUUACAUACCAACUACGUCACCGAUGUACCGCCUUAUAAAGGAGCUGUUCCUGAUUAUCCUGCCUGGUUCGAACCUUUUGUCAUGCAAUGGUUAAACGAAAACGACGAUGUUUCAUUAGAAUACUUACAUGGAGCUUUCAAUAGGGAUAAGAAAGAUUGCUUCCAAAAGAGCAGCGAGCACGCACUGUUUUCCAACAGCGUGGUCGACGUAUUCACGCAACUCACGCAAUGCUUCGACGUCGUCUCGAAACUGGAAUGCCCCGAUCCGGAGAUUUGGAAGAGAUAUAUGAAGAGAUUCGCCAAGACGAUAGUCAAGGUGCUGAUCGCCUACGCGGAUAUCGUCAAGAAGGAAUUCCCGGAGCAUUUGAAGGAGGAAAGAAUAGCAUGUAUAUUGAUGAACAAUAUACAGCAAUUAAGGGUACAAUUACAAAAAAUGUUUGAGUCCAUGGGCGGCGAAAAAUUAGAACAAGAUGCUGCAAGUAUCCUGAACGAUUUGCAAGCCAACUUGAACGGCGCUCUAGAUGAACUGGCUGUGCAAUUUGCUAAGAGUCUUGAGCCUCGAAUUACUGUGAGCGUGAAAGAACUAGGUGAUAUGUUGCUGGCAAUAAAAGGCGGCGGAACAGUUGCUCUAAAUAACCCUCAAGUAAGGCACACAGUUGCUGUUGAAGCUGAUGAAGUUUUAAGGCCAUUGAUGGAUCUUUUGGAUGGCUCACUAACAUUAUACGCACAAUCUUGUGAGAAGACGGUCCUGAAGAGGCUUUUGAAGGAACUUUGGAAAAUUGUUAUGAGGAUAUUAGAGAAGACUGUUGUUUUGCCGCCGAUGACUGAUAAAACGAUAUUGUUCAAAAACUUCACGGACAAUGCUAAAAAUUUGGCUGCAAAUGCAAAGAUUGAAGAUAUGGGUAGAUUGUUUAAGAAUCAUAUGGCCGGUAAACAAGAUGUUAAAAAUGCUUUGAGUGGAGUUAUGGAUAUAUCAAAAGAGGUGGAAAAGAAUCUUUCGCCGAAACAAUGUGCGGUCCUAGACGUGGCCCUGGACACGAUCAAACAAUAUUUCCAUGCAGGAGGAAACGGCCUCAAAAAGACCUUCCUGGAAAAAAGUGCAGAAUUGCAGAGUUUACGAUAUGCCUUGUCAUUAUAUACACAAACGACGGAUACUUUGAUUAAAACGUUUGUCACUUCGCAAAAUAAUGAAGUACCGCUAAGCGACAAAAUGCGUCAGCGUUCUAUAUCGCUGGAACACGACGAGGACGGCCUCGAGGGCCUAGAAGAGCCGCUCAAAGCCAAAAAGCGAAGAGAAUCGGAAAUUUCCGACAGCGCCCAACAACAACAACAACAACAACAACAGAGACAAGAUACAAUUACAUCGGAGGAAGGAGGUGUGGGUGAAAUUUCAAUUCAAGUUGAUCUUUUCACGCAUCCUGGAACCGGUGAACAUAAAAUCACAGUAAAAGUGGUGGCUGCAAAUGAUCUGAAGUGGCAUGUGCCGUCUGGUAUGUUCCGUCCAUUCGUCGAGGUGAACCUGAUUGGACCGCACCUAUCCGACAAGAAGCGCAAACAGGCCACCAAAUCCAAGAGCAACAAUUGGAGCCCCAAGUUUAACGAGUCUUUCAACUUUAUAAUCGGUAAUGAAGAACAGUUGGAUUACUACGAGUUGCACAUUUGUGUGCGAGACUACUGUUUUGCUCGAGAAGAUCGCUUAGUCGGCGUUGCUGUUUUGCAACUGAAGAAAGUAUUGGAAGAGCACGGUUCCUGCGCUCUAUGGCUGACCCUCGGUAAGAGGAUUCAGAUGGACGAAACAGGCUGGACGAUACUUCGAAUCCUUUCUCAAAGGAACAACGACGAUGUCGCCAAAGAAUUCGUCAAACUGAAAUCAGACAUUAGAAGUGAAAAUCCUUUGCCUUUAACUGUGGCGCUCACAUCAAACGGUUCCACACAAAGUUUUUUGACGUCCCAAUCCCAACUCAUGACGUCUAUAUUCGUCAAUCACAGAGUAGGUUGUGCUGCUAAGAUAUUGGAUGAAAAAUUGCAAG